CAUUUUGCUUUGAAUGAGCUGCGAAAGUAAUCUCUUCACUGAAUGCUCCCUUGGCAGGAAUGUGAAAGUUGUUUCCCCUGUUGAAUGAAGUACGUCUGUAGUACGUCGUUAUCCGUUUAAGUGUGUAUUUCUCCAAUAAUGGCACAAACUACGGCAGCUGAGGACACUGAAACGUUUGCGGUCAUCAACAACAUCCCUUCCAGCUACCAUUCAGCCGAUCUUAGAAAGUUUUUCUCACAGUUUGUAGAGUCAGAAGGUUUUCAGUGCUUUCACUUCCGACACCGUCCUGAACACCAGUCGGUAAGAAAAUCAGAUGGGGUGAGCUCAGAUUCCGAACACUCGAAAGAAACCAAACCCACUGAUAUAACAACAUACUGUUGUAUAAUAAAAGUAAAAGAGACAAGGUUUUUAGAACUUAUCAGAACGUAUCAUCAAAGGCACUGGCAAGAUCACAAUGGUGACUCGAUGCAAAACCGUUGCUUAAUUUCAAGAUUGAAGACAUCGUCUAGUUCCAUCCAACCAUCUCCAAGCUUGAAUCCAAGAACCGAAAGUUCAACAGCUGCAUACAUAACCCGGGGAGAAAGGAAAAGCAUUCCAUCUAACCGAGAAGUGUUUAGAGCAGAGGAUUUGUUGAAUCUUCCAGAACUUCGACCUCCGUCCAUAAUGCCAAAUGGAAAUGUUGGCACUCCGACUGCACAUUUUUUGAGACUGAUCAAUGAGUGUAGACUUCCUGCUUCAAUCAUAAAAAAACUGCAGUUAGAUUUUCCCAAAUCAAAAACAAAGGGAAAAUAUGGGAGUGUUCCCUUUGACUAUCAGACAAAGGGGAGUUCGUUUAUCAACAGUGACAGCUGCUCCAGUGCAUCUCAGUCUCUCUCAGGAGAAUCAAGAAAAGAUCAUAAAGCUUCCAGUGCGACACACACUAAAUUGAACAUUGAUUCAACAACUGAAACAAAUUUUCAUCUAGCAGGAGAAAAGGAAACACAAAGGGUUGAAGAACCAACUUACAAAAAACUGAGGCGAGAAAAGAAACUUGAGAGAAAGGCAACUAAAAGGCUAAUGGCAGAGAACAUUGAGGAGAAAAUGAUUGAUGCUGAGAAAGGUGGAUCUGACUCAGGGGAUGACAAUGACACAUGUGAGGAAUGGGAGCGACAUGAAGCUAUGUAUGAUGAUGUUACUAAUCAGGAAAGGAACAAGGAGCGAUUAUAUGAAGAAGAAAUGGAGAUUGUCUGGGAGAAAGGAGGGAGUGGCCUUGUCUUUUACACAGAUGCACAGUACUGGGAAGAAAAGGAAGGAGACUUUGAUGAACAAACAGCAGAUGAUCUAGAUGUAGACAUGAGUAUUUACUAUGAAAAAGGUUCUGGUGACAAAGAUAUUAGAGAUUUUGUUGACAUUCGUAGAGAACAAAGACGACGUAGGGGUGCAGAAGAGACAGACAGGUUCACAAUAGGUAUAGGAAAAUUUGAACUUUACACAAAAGGGUUUGGUAGGAAAAUAAUGGAAAAACAGGGCUGGAAAGAUGGUUGUGGGCUUGGAUCAUCAGUGCAAGGUAUGGCAGAUGCUUUGGAGAAUGAGGGACAAAAUCCACGCAACAAGAAAGGGCUUGGUUACCAUGGUGAGAAACUUGUGAGGUAUGCUCCAAAAAGGAGGAGAGAUGAAAGAAAAGUGCUGAUAUCCACUAUGUAUGACAGUCCUUCUCAGGCUGAUUCGCCUGAGACACUUCUGCGUAGGAAUGAUUUAAAUUACACUAAACUCAAAGGUAGGAUCAACUGACCAGUGCUUGUAAAUCAUGAGAAUGUGAUUGAUUGUAGAGCUGUACAUUGUUCAAGUAUUUAGCUGGUGACUAUGUGUGUGUCUAUAUAGAACAGACAGAUAUGCUGAUAUAAGAGCAGCUGAUAUAAGAACUUCAUAAAACUACAUUUUAACAGAGUAUGCUGUUUUCAUGGCUGUCUGAUUAUUACCUAUUUUCAUGUGGGUUUUUUUUUUAUUUUAAGCUCAGAAAUUUGAGCAGUAGUCUGUUCUUAUUAAUCAUAAACAAAAACAAGUUGUUUGCAGUUCUAUAAUUUCUUCAUAAGGGUUCAGACUAAUAACACUAACAUUCCUUGUGUACAUGCCAUAGAAAAAGAAAUAAUAUUUUAUCUUUCAGCUUUGAUGACAUAAUUUUGAGUUUAUUGAUUAAUGAUUUUUUUCUUGUGAAACAUUCUAGUUAAAAAAUCAUAUUUAAAUAUUAGUGUUUAUUAAAGUUAUGGAAUGGAAUAAGGAUUUAUAAAGAUUUGAUAAUUUGUUGGAAAAUUAUAAAGUUGAUUGAAUACUUCCGAAAUUUCUCCUUAGCUACAUUUUCAGUGUAAGCUAUGCAUAUAAUAUAUACUAGGAAAUGGUAAAAUGUGAUUAGUUUAAAAUAGCAAGCACUAUAUACCAUUGCUCCCAUAUGUCAUUGUCAACUACCCCAGUAACCUGUUAACCAGUCUCGUUCUGUAAAAUGUUUAUAUUUAUCCAGCUCACACAAAAUAUGUAAAAGUGAAAACUAAGGGAACUCUUUUCAAAAAGUUUUCUUCUUUUUUGAUCUGUGAUUAAUGGUGUUGCGAAUGUGAGGGAUGUACCAAGACCAUAUCAGUUCUUUGAUAUUCAUAUCUAUGCAUUAUACAGUCCUGCUAUUAUCUUGCUAACCUAGCCUCUUGCUGUACUUUGUAGCAGACUUCUCCCAAAGUAACCACUAGUUAUGGAUCAUCCUUGCCAAACGCUUGAUUUGAAAGAUGGCAAAAUCACAGGUUGAGACUAUGUAAGAACAGCUAGGAUGUGUUUGCUUCCGUAUGUUUAUGCUGUAUUGUAAUAAGCUGAAUCAUUUGCAUUUAAUUUGAGAAAUUAGUAAAUAUUGGUUUGUUGGUGUCAGUGCGUGUACAUGCAUACUUCGAGAACUUGUUAGUAAGCAUACAAGAGCAAAGUUUUUUUUUUUUUUUUUUUUAAAAAUUAUUUACACCUUAUAUUACUUGUAGUACAUGAAUUGGGAUGUGAUUUAGUCUAUUUGAAAUUUUGUUUCAAAAAGAGUGAAAUGCUGGUAACUGUUGAUACUCUGCUGGUCCAGUUAUUUCUGUUUUGGAAUUAGAAGAUGCAGUUCUUACAGAUUUGCAUUUUAUGUUGUGAACAUUAUGAAGUUAUCAGGCAAUGACACCAGCUGGCAGCAACAAUACUGGCAGUGCAUACAAAAAUUGGUGACACACUUUUCAUAACAAGAUAAUGAUGGUGGUGGUGAUGAAUGAGUCUUGUAACAUGCAGGUUUCCAUCAUACUGUUCAAAGUAUGGAGAAAUGUGCACAAAAAGGACAAAAUAAAAGGGUAGAAUUGGGAGGUUGUCAAAGGCUGUUUUCAACCUCUUGCAGAAGACUGCUGCAGAUGGCAGAGGGUUCCAUACAACAGGACCUGCGUUCUGGAAUACUCUGGUCUUAUGGAUGCAUUUUGUUAGUUUCUUCUGGAGUAGGAAUACAAAGGAAUUCACAAGCCCAAUUAAUCAGCAAUCAUAUACCUUCAGCCAAUAGACUAAGGUUGGUUGGUUGUUUUACACCGUGCCAGCAACUAAGGCUAUAUCAUGGCCGAUAUACUACGGAACAGUCCAGACCCAGUUACACAAGUUACUAUUUAUGAAUGUACAGCCAUGCAUAGAGCAUUCCAGACAACCACUCACUCAAAUGCUAUAACAUGCUUCAGUUAGAUAACAGAAAAGAUGUUUAGUAGGCAGUACACUUGUGAAAAAAAGUGAAGGUUUGCAUUUCCAGAAAAAGAGAAAGAUUAAUGCACUGUUUUCAACAGUACAUUUACAUUGUUGUAAAUAUUUGUAAUAACAUUUAUCUUGUAAGAUUAAUGCACUGUUUUCAACAGUACAUUUACAUUGUUGUAAAUAUUUGUAAUA